CUUGCCCGGGGUCGCGGCCUGGCACCCGGCGCGCCCGGAGGGGUCCCGGCACGUGUGCGCGCGGCGCGGGCUGUGACAGCGCUGGUGCGCGGGCCGGCUGUCCGCGGAGCGGCAGGCAGGCGCCAUGGGCGGCAACGCCAGCACCCGCCGGGUCACCUUCGAGGCGGACGAGAACGAGAACAUCACCGUGGUGAAGGGCAUCCGGCUUUCGGAAAAUGUGAUUGACCGCAUGAAGGAGUCCUCUCCGCCCGGCUCCAGGUCUCAGCGGCACCCUGGUGUUUACGGAGCCUCAGUUUCUGAUGAAGAAUUGAAGAGGAGAGUCGCCGAGGAGCUGGCGUCAGAACAAGCCAGGAAGGAGGCUGAACAUCAGAGACGACUGAAGCAAAGUAAAGAGCUGGAACGAGAGCGGGCUGCUGCCAAUGAGCAAUUGACCAGGGCCAUCCUCCGUGAGAGGGUGGCAAGUGAGGAGGAGCGUGCCAAAGCGAAGCACCUGGAUAUUGAAGACAAAGCUAAGCAGCUGGAAGAGAAGGACCGCGUGAUCAAGAAGCAGGAUGCGUUCUACAAAGAGCAGCUGGCCCGACUGGAGGAAAGGAGCGCAGAGUUCUACAAGGUCACCACUGAGCAGUAUCAGAAAGCUGCUGAAGAGGUGGAAGCCAAGUUCAAGCGGUAUGAAUAUCACCCAGUCUGUGCUGACCUGCAGGCCAGAAUUCUCCAGUGCUACCGCCAGAACAGCCAUCAGACCCUCAGCUGCUCUGCGUUGGCCAACCAGUACAUGCACUGUGUCAAUCACGCCAAACAGAGCCUGCUGGGCAAAGGUGGCUAGGACUGCCUCCCGAGCCCACGAAGCCCUUCAACAUUAAUUCCAGAGGCGGAACAUUUUUUUCCCUACUAAUAAAAUAACCGUUUAAAGAGAAGACCACUGAAGUGAAGCAGCAGAAAGCAGACGGAAUAAAAAAUCAUGGCACAUCUUGGAUCCACACCAAUUGGCAAAGCCGAGGCCAAGAUCACGGACAGUCCCGAGGAGACAGCUUAGUGUUUGUAAACCCCGUUUAUGCUGAAUAAAGGAACCGAACGGCCUUCUCCCCCUUUUGUACUUUCUCUUCAGCUCUGCCCACCAUCACAUGCCUGUCUUCACACCAAGCCCCGUAACUGUCGGUCCUCAGACUGUGCGGAGCGGACAAGCUUGGCAGCCUGGCAUGGAGUGGGGGCGGCGGAGCCCAGCGGCACGGCUGGGCAGGAUUGUCUAGGCUUUGGCACCUGGGUUUCUGUCUGUUUUUUUCUAUUGAUUGAAUAAGAGCUGUUCCAUUUUAACUUAUUAUUGUGAUCAUGCACGGAAGACAAAAAGGAGAGAAAAUGUUCCUCUUUUACUGGAAUAAUGUUUAUGAUUGCAAGGGAAAUAAGGCAUUUUUAUCAAUAGAAAGGCAGCCUUGACUUAGGCGACCUCUGUCGUGGGUACUGACAUCUUGGCUUCACUCGCUAUCAAUAAUAAAUAUAUUUUCUGACAAA